AAGCAUGUGAAUGUGAUCCUCGAAAUUGUUUCUGGGCUGGGGUUUUGAAGUCAUAAACAUAAUUACACUAAUAAAUAAAUCAAUAAAAAGGGUUCAGCGGCCACCGCCUCCUCUCUCCUAUUCCUAGUUCUUAUAAGCCCCCAUAACCCAACGACGUUUUGCACUUCGAUGAUGACAACGUAAAUUCCAUCUCCAACAAUCCAGGUCACACCUUGGGUUCUCAGUUGUUAUAGAGUGAGAGCCAAUGGGGAGUGCAUCAUCUGUGUUGACUCAAUAUGAUAUCGAGGAAGUGCAAGAACACUGCAGUAAUCUAUUUUCCCAGCAAGAAAUAGUAUCAUUAUAUCAAAGAUUUUGCCAACUUGAUCGGAAUGCGAAGGGUUUUAUCUCUGCUGAUGAGUUCUUAUCAGUCCCUGAGUUUGCAAUGAAUCCGCUUUCUCAGAGGCUACUUAAGAUGGUGGAUGGUUUGAAUUUUAAGGACUUUGUGGCUUUCUUGUCUGCAUUUAGUGGUAAAGCUACUACACAGCAAAAAAUUGAGUUUAUUUUCAAAGUAUAUGAUUCAGACAAUAACGGGAAGGUGUCUUUCAAUGACAUAUUAGAAGUGCUUCGGGAUUUGUCUGGUUCAUUCAUGUCUGAUGAGCAAAGAGAGAAAGUCUUGAGACAGGUUUUGCAAGAAGCAGGUUACUCAAAGGAGUCUUAUUUGAUGUUGGAUGACUUCAUUAAGGUUCUUGGCAGGUCGGGACUAAAAAUGGAGGUUGAAGUUCCAGUUGACUAAUUUAUGUUCUCCCCUGUGAUUUCUUUGCUACAAUUCAAGAUGAAAAUCUGGAGUGGAUACUCAUCUGCAUCCCUGUAGAAUGUUCAUGACAAGUUGGAACCACCACACGCCUGUAUUAAGAUAACCUCUUUUUUUUUUUUUUUCAAAAAAGAAAAUAAUAAAAAUAAGCAACCAGUGUAUUUUAGUUUAUUACAAUAAGAUUUCAAAUGGUUGAUCAAUAUUUUGUCAUUGAUUUUUUUUUU